CCCGACAUACACCAGCAAACUGGACAUCUUCUCCUGUGGUGUGCUCUUUGUUCAGCUCAUCACUCGCAAGUGGCCCAACCCGGGCCCUCGUAUACACAUAAUACAAAUAAGCGAUCCUCGUGUCCCAUCAGGACGAGUGCAUGUUGUUACUCCUGAAUUGGAACGUCGUAAGGAGCACCUGGAUCUCAUCUCCCCCACACACCCUCUCCUGGAGGUAGCUCUAGACUGCCUCAAAGACAAGGAAGGUCAGCGACCGACAGCCGAGCAGCUGUGCUCUCGCCUGAUUGCCCUGAAAGAGAGUGCUGCCUACCGAGACAGCCUCCAGCAGACCCCAGAGGUGACCACAAUGGAGACAACUUCUGCCAGAGUCCAUGAGCUAGAACAACAACUGAGGGAGAGUGAGUCGAUAAUUGGAGACCUUACCAGAGAAUUGCAGGCAGAACAACUGCAGAAGGAAACACAAGCAGUAGAGAUUGUCAGGAAAGAGCAGCAGCAUACCCACGAAAUGGAACAACAACUUAGUUGGAUACAUGAGAAAGAAACACUCUUGGAGAAGAAGGAAGGAGAAUUAACACGUACAGCACCAACUUCAAACACUGAACGAGCAGAUUGCUGAGAAAGAUGAGUUAGUUUUAGAUAUGCACCAUCAUAUAAUGCAGCUAACAUUGGAACUACAGCAAAAGGAGGAAGAGAAGAAACUUCCUGACCAUGAAGAAGAGGAUAGUUGUCACGAUGAAGGAAUUUUUGAAGUACAAGAGAAUGAUCCAGGUCUCCACAGGGACGAAGUAUCCGUUUCGACUCCGCAGUUAUAUCCAGACUCACCGCUGAAGAGACCAGUUCCGAAACCAAGAAAGUUUGCGCAGAAAGGGGUGCUAAAGAGAACUGCCCUCAAAAUUGAAAAAGCAGAUAUCGAUUUUGGAGACUUAUUAGGGGAAGGGGGAGGUGGCACUGUUUUUAAUGGAACGUGGAAGUCAAAAGGCUUACCUGUUGCAAUAAAAAAAGUACAGCUUGCUCUAGACCAUUGUGAUGCAAAGAUAUUAGCAGAGUUGGGUGAACACCCUAACAUAAUAAGAUUUUUUGGCUUUGUUCAUGAGCAUCCUGACACCAUAAUUGUCACUGCCCUUGCUAAAAACGGGUCAUUAUACCAAUACCUGCACAAGGAUCUUAAAGUCCCUACAUUGGAACAGAGUCUAAAGUGGGCGAGACAGAUUUCAUAUGGAAUGGCACACAUUCACAAACUUGGAAUUGCUCACCGCGAUUUGAAAUCGAGUAACAUCCUCUUUACCGACGACAUGGAGGUGCAGAUUUGUGACUUUGGUCUGUCACGCUCGAUACCAAACACAACAGCAAUAUCAAAAAUGGCAGGAACCUGGCGCUGGAUGGCUCCUGAGGUUGCGCUAGGAAAGAAAAUCAAUAUGAUGUGCGAUGUGUUCUCAUUUUCCAUGGUGGUUUGGGAAGUAAUGGAACACAAAGUACCUUUCUACAACGAGACAGACAUUGUAGCAUCGAUGCAGAUAAUUCAAGGGAAACGCCCAGGAUUCACAUUCGAAUGGCCUGGAUAUCUUGCUAAGAUCACUAACGAUGGCUGGUCUGAAAAUCCAUACCGUCGCCCUACCUUUUUUGAUAUCAUAACCAGCCUUGAAAACAAAAUGGACUUUAGACAUUAACAAUAUAGCAUGUUGUCUUGCCUGUUAUUAUCACCUUUAACAGCUAUGUGCAGUGAGAAUCAUGCAAGCAGUAGCUACAUAGCUAACAGUUGCAGACCAGUGCAUUCAAAUUUACCUACCACAGCUGGUUUUGCUGCAGCUGGCGUUUUUCUAUACUUGGUUGCAGAAAUAUUAUAGGCAGGCAGUCAUGCACAAAAACUGUCACAUAUAGCUG